GUCAGCCAAAUCCACUCAUAAGGCUUUAGUCGGCCCGAGGCUAUAGUAGAAAACAUUCCUCCAAGGUGACACGUAGUGGGACUGGCGUAAAUAAUUACUAAUACGACUCUAUCCAGAAGUUGUUUUACUUCAUCACACAAUCUCAGGCCUUGAUAAAUAGCUAUUUACUAAGCAAGCACAAUUCAGGAUUUUAUAAUACCUUAGUUUAAUAGAAACACGAAUAUCUUCGUCCUUGCUACGAAUUUCAUUUUACCUGUACUGACCUCAAACUUUUAUAUAUUUGUCAAUAAUUUGACUGCAAUGAAGGUCGAAAGAAUGACGUCUCUAUUUGACUGUUGCCUUUCCCAAUACAAUCAAUGCAAAUAGUGUUGCCAUUGCAACCGUUCUCACUUAUAAACGUCAUCGUAGGUAUGGCUUCUUAGAAAUCGUGUUUGUAGACGUACUUGUGUAACUAUACAGAACAACUAUGUAACAUACUGCAAGUAACUAGGAAAGGGUUGAAAUAGCUAACUGCUUCAAAUAAUGAGCUACUCGCUCGUAGAUCCUGAGUUAAAACAUUCUACAGAUAUUUCAUAGUGUUUUUACUUUUUCUUUUAUGGAGGAUGGGGUUGCAAAAUGUUAUGCGACUUCGAAAGAAUACAAACGGAAUCAUCUGUGAAGAUGGAUGUGAUCCAAAUAUGUGCCGCCUUCCCGACUGUCGCUGUCCUGGCAUCAAUAUUCCUGGUGGACAUGCAUCUAGUGAAACACCUCAAAUAGUUAUGUUGACUUUUGACGAUGCAAUCAACGAAAAAAAUAUUAAUUACUAUCAUUACUUGUUUGGUCGUGAGAAGCAAUCGAACCUGCACAACCCAAACGGAUGUCCAAUCAAAUCCACUUUCUUUAUAACAGACGUCGAUAACAGUUAUACUUUAACUAAUGAAAUAUACCAACAAGGCCACGAAAUAGCUUCGCACACCAUGACGCAUAAAUAUCCCAUAGAGUAUUGGAAAAAUUUAAGCUACACCGAAUACGAAAAAGAAGUGAAAGGCGUAACCGAUAAAUUGUAAAAUUUAUCUUAUAUCCCUAAUAACAAAAUAAAAGGUUUUCGUGUACCAUUUUUAGAAGUUGGUGGUGAUACGCAAUACGAGGUUUUGCGAAAUCUUGGCUACGCUUGGGAUUCUUCGAUGCUUACCGGUUCUCUUGAGUACAACAGUGAUCCACCAGUGUGGCCUUUUACGCUAAACUACCCUCCAGAGAAGAAAUAUUGUUCUUCGGGAACCCGACCAAACAAGCCCUUCCCUGUAUUUUGGGAAGUACCAUUGAUACGGUUUUACGGUAACGAGGGGAAACCUUGUGCAAUGGGUGGUAUGUGCUCACAGCCUGAAUCCGUUCUCAAUAUUUCAGCUUACCUCUGGAAAAACUUUCAGCGACAUUAUAACACGAACAAAGCACCAUUUGGAAUUUUUAUACAUUCUUAUUGGUUUGACAAGGAUAUGAAGAACCUGU